AUGGCAUCAGAAAUCUAUGACUAAUUAGUAACAGUAUUUACAAAUACAGAUAAUAAAAUCAGAAAUGAAACAGAAAAACAAUUAGUGACUAAUAUGAUAGAUAAUAUUUAGAUUUUUUAAUAAAUAGCUUAAGUUGCUAUAUAAUAAGACAUAAGUUUAAUAUUAUUUUAUUUCUAUAGUGUAAGAAUAAGCAGCCAGUUUAUUGAAUUCAGUUAUAUUAAAGAUGCUUACAAAUAGCAGUAUUUUUAUAUCUUACUAAAUAAGUUUAAUUAUCAAUUCAUCAUGCAAAUUCCAUUCUAGCAGUUCUUAUGUCUUAAUAUACACCUUUAAAAUGUAAAUAAUCAUUAGUAAAAUGUAUGAGUUUAAUAGUUAGAAAAGAUAAAAGUAUUAAUAAAAUUUAAUUUAGGUGUCAAGACUGAAAUUGAAAAUAAAAUGAAAGAAUUUUUACGUCAAGAUCAACAUUGGCAAUUUUAAACAGGAAUUAUAUUUUUUAAGAUUUUAUAAGACUCUUUGGAAUUAUAAACUUAUAGUUCAAUAGUAUAAACUGGUUAUGAAUGGAUAAGUGAAUUUUUCAAUUAAACUGCAUAUAUCAUGACUAAAUUAACAGAAUAACCUAAAGAUCUAUCAGAUGAUUUCAUAACAACUAUAAGAAUAUAUACAUAAGUUGUAUCAGAUCUAUGUGAAAAAGUGUUUGAUAAAAAUAAUAGUUAAAAAGAACAAACAUAACCAAUACAAAACAUUUUGUUCUAAUUAAAUUCAUUCUCAGGAGUUCUAAUGAUUUUAUUAUCUUAUUCUCCAUAAAUAGGAAAAUAAAUAUAAAAUUGUUCUAUUAUUAAUACAGGAAAUGAUCACUUUGAUACUCAAUUAAAUGAAAUUAAAUGUUAAGUUUUUAAAAUCUAUUUUUUAUCUCUAUAAGUAUUAUUGAAUAGUCGUAAUAAAAAUGAAGUAAAAAAAGGAGCUUUUGGACCUUAUUUAACAACUAUAACAUAAUUGUUAAUCUAUAGUUUACUAGCUUAUACUAACAGUGAAUCUAUUCAUUAAAUAUACAAGUAUUAAUUCAAUUUAUUAAAAUUAAAGUAAACCAUAUUAGGCAAAUAUUAUGACUUAUAUAAUGAAAAUAUUAGCUAAUUUAGGUUCUUAAACAGAAUAAUAUUAAAUAUUUUCUGAUUCUAAAAUAGCCUUAAUAACAGAUGUAAUAUACCCAUUUUUAAUAACAUCUUAAAAAGAAUAUUCAUAAAUGAAAGAAUAACCAGAAGAAUUUGUUAAUUUAGCUUUAGAUUCAGUAGAUAAAUAAGAAUCAGAUGUUCCAAAAACUGCAGCAGCAUCUUUAUUAGAGACUUUAUGUGAUCAUAUUGAUGGAUCUACUACAUUUUUGGCAAAUUUGGCUGUUAUAAUAUCAUAACAUUCUAUCAAUAUGAUAUCUAAUAACCCAGUUUAAUUAAAAGAAUAAUAAUUAACUUUUGUAUAGGCAUUACAAGAUAAGUAAAAAAUAGAAUUCAUAUUAGGAAAUUAUUCAAAGAAUAUAGUCCAGUAGAUAGAAUAGAAAGUAGUUUAGUAAUAUUAACAGUUAUGAGUUAUUUAAUAUAAAAAAGAUAAGAUAUAGUAUUAUUGAUGGAAUAAUUAUUGACUGAUAAUUUAUUAUUCUUUUAGAAUGUUUAAGAAUAAAUAAUUAAAUUAAGACUUUCUUUAUUUUUUGGAUAUUAUUGUGACAAUUUAUUUAAAAAAGAGACUUAAUCUUAAAAUAUGAAUGCUUAUUUAUAAAUAAUGAUUAGUUUUGUUUAACCAUAAGAACCUGUAGUAUUAUAUUAAUCAAUUGAUGCAUUAAAAGAUAUAUUUGAAGAUGAUGAUCUCAAAGUUAAAACAAAAGAUUUAGUAAUAAUAUUAUUUCCAUAAUUAUGUAAUGGACUUUAAUAUAGUACAUAUGAGAGACACUUUGAAACAAUAACAAAUUUAUUAAAAAGAUAUCCAUAAUAAUUCUUGUAAAAUGAUAAUCUAUUAGUUGGUUUGAUGUAAGUAUUAACUCAAAGAAUUAUAAUUGAACAGUAGAAAAUUAAUUCUGGUGAUCAAUAACGACAAAUAUAUUUAAAUAGAUGUUGGAAUGUUCUUAGAUAAUUAGCCGAAUAAGAUGAAUAUAGUUCUAUCUUAAGCAAAUUAGAAUAACAUUUAACAUAAUUAUAUUCAAUGUUAGCUAAUUGUGAUAAAAUAGAUUUUGAUGAAGAUUUAGUCUUAUUUAUAUCUGGAUGUAUAUCUAAAUUAUCAAUUGUAACAGAAUUAUAGAUGUAAAUCUUACCAUAUUUUUCAAAUAUCAUCAAAAAGUAAUAAGGAAGAUUAUGUAAUCUUUUUGAAACACUUAAUUAAUAUAUACAUUUUGGAAAAAGCUAUUUUAUCAAUGAAGCAUAAUAAUCUAUAUACUUUUAAUUAGCAUUUUAGAAUCUAUAAAAUGAAGAUAAUUAUGGUGAUAUUGAAUUAGGAGAAGGAGCUUUGUUAAUUUAAUUAGGAAUAUAAGAACUACAUGUAGAUCUUAAGAUUAAUAUACUAUCUCAAAUCCUUUCCUAAACUAUUUCAAUCUUAUAAAAACAAGAUAUUAAUGAACACUUAAAAUCUAGAAUUAAUGGUAUUAUUUUGAGUUCUCUAUAUAAAAUACCUGAAAAAACUUAUGAAGUUUUAUCUGAGGUAUUCCCAGCUGUUUACAAUAGUAUCAUAGAAACUCAUUAUUCUCCAGGUUAUGAUAUAAAAUUAUUUAUAAUUACUAUGUCAUCUUUGAUUAUGAAAUAACCUAAUCUUUUAACACCAAAUUUACUAACUAUAAUGGUCAAUAAUUUAAUUGCUUAAGAGAAAUAUGAAAAAGAUUAAAAAUAUAAAUAAAAUGAGUAAUUUAUAAUUCUUAAAUUAUAGUUAUAUGGAUGAUGAAUUAGAUGAUGAUGAUGACAGUGAUUUUAAUGAUGAAGAAGAAAUUUAACAAGUUUAAUAAUAAACUGAAUAAUUCUUAAGUUCUAUUGUCAAAUUGGAUGAAUAUUCUAUAUUCAAAUAGACCCUCCUUAACUUCAAAAAUUAGUAUAUUUAUUAUAAUAUUUCAUUAGAUUCCCAAUGGCUAUUGAUUAAUUGAAAAAUGGGUUGGAAUAAUAGAUUAUAAACAAAAUAAAUGAAUAAUUAUAAUAUGUAAGAAUAGAAACAUUAGAUGGAGAAGAGCUUAGAAAAUUUCGAAAUCUUAAAAAUUGCAAUCGCAAAAAGUAAUUUAAUAAUUGA